CUCGACUUUUUCCUCUUUCCAUCUCCAACCAUCUCUGCAAGCCUCUGCUGUUCUGCAUCAUUCCAACUGCUCGUCUCUGCUGUAUCACGGCCACAGAGAACCUCGACCCUUACGCACGCUCUCCGUCUCGCAUCAUCACCAAGCCAGCUCUUUUUGUUUCGCCUUUCCGAAGCUACCCCUCAUCAGCUCUACGGCUGCUUCACGCGCCAUCUUGAAGCUUCACUUCGUCGUCAUCGCCCGUGUUUGCCCGACGUCACAACCCCUCAGCUGCCGGCCAUUUGCUGCUCGAUAGCAGUUGAUCCUACGAUAUGGCUCCUCCUCCGCCAAACCCCAAUCUUCCGCUCAAGGAGCGAUUCUUGGCUCUGGCCCAGACUCUGCAGUUCGCCUGGUUUGUCGGGCACCUGACCCUUCUCCUCACCACCACUCGAUAUGCCCUGUCAUGGCUGUUCAUGAACUACUACAGCGGCAUGGCCCAGUUCUCCUACCGGACAUCGUUUGUGGCCGCGGCUCUCACGUAUGGCAUCGUCGUGUACAAGACGCAGCGCGCCCGCGCAAAGACCGGAACCAGGGCGCCCAACGGCGUCAUCGGCCUUCUCGCUGAUGAGAACGUCCAGUAUCUGGCCAUGGCCCUUGUCUGGCUCUUCUCUCCUCAGUAUCCUCUCGCCUUGCUUCCUUACUCGGUCUACUCCGUGUUCCACGUGGCCACGUACUCCCGCCAGAACCUGAUUCCCGUCUUCCACCCUCCUCCGCCGGCUACCGAUGGCGUGUCGCAGCCCAAGGUCAACAACCCGCUCGCGAACAAGAUUGGAAACUUUGUCAAGGAGUACUACGACUUCUCUAUGACGGUUGUCGCGUACCUUGAGAUUAGUCUGUGGGCUCGAGUGUUGCUGUCUGCCAUCCUCUUCCAGCGUAGGUCGUGGAUCCUGCUUGGCCUGUACACCAUCUUCAUCCGAGCUCGCUACGCCCAGAGCACCCACGUCCAGUCGUCUUUGGCUCACGUCUCUUCCCGGGCCGAGCACUUUGUUUCCGCCCAGGGCACCCCGCCUCAGCUCAAGCAAGCGUGGGACAUUGUCAAGGGCAUUGCCAGCAAAUUCCACGAUGCGACCGAGAUCAGCAGGUACACGGGUGCUGGCCCUGCCAAGAAGACCUCAUAAAUGUCCAACUCGUUCUUGCGAGGAAUUUUCCCGCGAUUGCUUUGUCGAAACGGAACGAUACGUGGCGUGCUACAUGCGGUGCUUUUAGCGUUGGGGAAAGAUGGAAAUUGGCAACCCUGUCAUGACAGCCUCUGGAGGACGGGCUGGUAAACAGUCUGUGGCAGCUGCUUGCCUUGAUACGACAAAGGCAUGAUGGAGCCUCGCCCUUUCGACGUUGAAGGUGAUGCUUAUUGACCGGAGUCGAACACGGGCCAUUUGAUGAUCUCGGAACCAACUCUGGUCCGCUGCAGGAUGAAUUUGACCGACUGUUUGGAGCGACUGGAACAUGAUGGAGAGAGCAUGCUUCUCGUGGGUAUACUAUAUGGGUUGAUAUGGCUGGAUGUGGCUAUAUGGAUGGGGAAGCUGGACGUGGAAUGGGUGCGCAGUGGGAAUCAUCUUUCUUGUUGUGUGUGCUGGCGGUGAUUGAGCUUUUGUGAGGUCGAGCAUUAU